GUUCCACAACCGAGCGAGCAGCAUGGGGAAGCUCAAUGUGGUGCUGCUGCGGUACUUGUCUCGAGAUGACUUCCGUGUCCUUACUGCGGUUGAAAUGGGCAUGAAGAAUCAUGAAAUUGUACCUGCAAGUUUAAUAGCCUCUAUAGCAAGCUUAAAACAUGGUGGCUGCAACAAGGUAUUGCGUGAGUUAGUGAAGCACAAGCUUGUUGCAUAUGACCGCACAAAAACUGUUCAGGGCUAUCGUUUAAUUUAUGGAGGUUAUGACUACUUGGCAUUAAGAACACUGUGUUCUCGAGAAGUAGUCACUUCUGUUGGAAACCAGAUGGGCGUUGGUAAAGAGUCAGACAUUUAUAUUGUUGCAAAUGAAGAAGACAAACAACUUGCCUUGAAAUUGCACCGACUUGGUAGAACAUCUUUUCGGAACCUUAAAAACAAGCGGGAUUAUCACAAGCACAGGCAGAAGAUGUCAUGGCUCUAUUUGUCACGUCUGGCUGCAAUGAAAGAAUAUGCAUAUAUGAAGGCUCUUUAUGACAGAGGGUUCCCUGUUCCGAAACCUUAUGAUUACAAUAGACAUGCAGUGGUCAUGGAGCUAAUAAAUGGAUAUCCAUUGUGCCAAAUAUGCCAAAUUGAAGAUCCAGCAUCAUUAUAUAAUGAAUUAAUGGAAAUGAUAGUAAAACUUGCCAACCAUGGUCUUAUCCAUGGUGACUUCAAUGAGUUUAAUCUAAUGCUGGAUGAAGAAGAUCACGUUACCAUGAUUGAUUUCCCACAAAUGGUAUCCACAUCUCAUGCUAACGCUGAAUGGUAUUUUGAGCGAGAUGUUAAAUGUAUUAGAGAUUUCUUUAUUAAACGCUUCAACUAUGAAAGUGAACUCUAUCCAACCUUUAAGGAUAUCCAGAGAGAAUGUUCACUUGAUGUGGAGAUUGCAGCCAGCGGCUACACUAAAGAAAUGCAGGAGGAUGAUGAUCUUCUUCACCCACUGGGCCCAUAUGAUGAAGAGGAAACUAAUGAUGUGUGCAAUGACCCCACAGAGGGAGAAAGAAACCAAGAGACAGUGUAUAAUGAGCAAAUCCCUUUAGAUGCACCUAGUACCCAGUCACUUAUAGACUCUGCCCACAGCCAAGAUGGUGAAACAGACAAAAUGUUACAAAGCUUAGACAUGGCUGAGUUCUCUUGUGCUUUGGCAGAACUAGAAGGUCACCCUGUUGUAAAUAAACACAAGAAUAUCCCUGACACAUCUGACAUCACUGACUCUGUAGGUGAUGAACUGAUAGAUGAAAAUGUAAACUCGGCUGACCACAAAGGAAGUCCAGGAGAGGAGGAAUAUGAAGAUGAAUGCCCUGAUCUAGUAGAUCUGUCUGCAGCAAACAAGGGUUACAAACCAUUCAGAGAUGAAGAUAGCUGGCAGCAUGUCAGUGAACACAGAGCACGAACUACAAGUGUUAAUUCAGUAGCCACUCAUGGUAGCUGUUCAACUAUCCCCCCUGAAUUGGUGAAACAGAAGGUGAAGCGUCAACUAACAAAACAACAGAAAGCUUCGAUCAGGCGAAGACUACAAAAGGGGGAAGCAAAUGUAUGCACCAAACAGCGCAGAGAAAAUAUGUACAAUAUUAAAUGGAGCGUAGAUGCCGCUAGCUUCUGGGGCUAGCAGCAUUAUAAUGCUGUAAUUUGUCUUCUGAUUAGAUGACUGUCUGAUGACCUAUCUUAAAUUGACUUUAAUAUUGGUAUUUUUGUAUAAAACCAUGAUUUUUUUUUAUAUAUAUAUAUAUAUAUAUAUAUAUAUAUAAUCGGCACUCACUCCAAACUCCACUUUAUUGGUGACGUUUUGGGAAUAAUCCUUCCCCUUCCUCAAAACAAGAAGGGAAACGUUUAUCCCCAAAAUGUCACCAAGUUUGGAGUGAGGCUGAGCCUUAUGUAUUCAUUGGAUGUCUUUUUCUCAAGCACCCCCAAAUUAUAUUGUUGAAGUGAGAGUGCAAUUUUUUGGACUUUGCUAUAUACAUGCGUAUAAACAAUUAAAUUAGUUUACUAUUUAUUGCCUUGGUAACAGAAAACUACAAAUACAGAUGUAAUUUACAUACAGCUUUUAUGAUUUGUCCAUUGCUUUUCCACAAAGGAUAUCUUUAGUUUUUGCAAAGUAAUACACUUGCAUAAAAAUAUCCCCUUUAUGGACUAUUAAAAACAGUAGAACUGCAUAAUAAUAAAAAGACAAUGUAAGAAAACUAACUUUGAAUUUCAAAUAAGCAUUAAAAUAUUUUACUGACAAUUUUCUCUUUUAUGCCCCUGUAUCAAGUGACCACCAUCAGCCAACCUGAAUCCCACUGUGAAGUUUUAAAACAUUUUUUUUAAUUCUUAUGCGAUUUUAAACAUGUAAUUGUCAUGUCGAGUUAAAGUGAAAUUAAUUUUUCUUUAUUGCAUAUAAAACAAAGAUGCAUGUUUGUCAUGGUUCACCAAUAAUUGUGGAAGUUAUUGUUAUCAGCCAAUGAGCUAUCUCUCCCUUCAGUUGUGCACAAAUAUGCGAUUCCUGCUCCUUUCAUUUUAUUUAAACAGUUUUUAUUUGUUACAUAGAAAAUAUUUUAAAUAGUGCUCCUUCAUGGCCCUUUAAGCAAGUUACUAAUAAUGUUUUAUGUAUAAAAAAACUUUGCAGUGUAAAAUUAUCAGCAAAGGAACAUACAAGCCACAACUGAAAGUGAAUUUAAUUUUUUUUAUGUAAUUAUUUUCGCAAUACGUGUAUUGUGACUGUGUCAGUAAUAGCUUUUGCUGUGUACAGAACAUAUGUUCAGUGUACCUGAUUAUACACCAUAUAUUAUUAUCCUUUAUUUGUAUAGCGCCGCCAGAUUCCUUAGGGCUAUACAUUUCAUUGCUAUUAAAUUUAUUUAAAUAUCCACUAAUACAUAACGGCUCCUAGACAGUUGGAUGAUUGCAUAUGUACAUAUGAUUCAUGCACAGCAAAAGCACUGAAACAUUUAAUAUUUUUUAUUUUUUUUAAACUCCCUAUCCCACUCAUGUAAAAAACACAUACAAAGGCAAAUAAUACCCACAAUUUAUUUUGGUAUGCUGUGUAAUCAUGUUUGAACCCCAGGAAUUAUAGAUUUCAUUCUUUAGCUGAAUUAUACAAUAUUGGCAUAAAAAAAAAAGUAUUCCCUACUAUAAAUAUGUAAAACCUAUUAGGUGAUUUAUGUGAUCUGAAUCUUUAAUAAUGAUCACUAAAAUGUUUUAAUUAGUCUUGUUUUUGUUGGUAGGGAAUUUUUUUCCUACAAGUCUUCUCCCAAUGUGUCUGUGAGAUAUACCAUAAUCCUCAGAUCCUUGACUUCUCAAUGUUAUUGACAAAAUAAUAAGAAACAAAACUCAUUGAAGUAAAACUAAUUUAUAAAUAUGAAUUUAAAUCAUGCUUUAUGUGGCUUAAAUAUACAAGUUUCAAAAUGGUACUUCUCCAUCCUCCCGAAGGUUGGUAAAUCUGGUACAAUUCAUUGGUUUGUGGUGGUAAAUUGAUUUCCUGCAUUUUUGCAAUAUUGGUUCAUUAAAAUCUAUUUUUCGGUACCUUA